GUUGCCACGAAAUGACCAGCCGAAUUCGCAAUUAGACAUUUCUAUAGAGGCCGGUUUGGCCACCCACGGUGCUGGGGGUGCUUACACACCACCCCUACACCAUUGCGAUGUGCUGUGCAAACCACGACCUACUACUACUACUAGAAGUGGUAGGUCGUGGUGCCAAAAGACUCGUUCUUCUACUUCGUCGCUCUGUGGCACACCUUCCACGUGAGCAUGUUCCUCGCUUCCGCUAGAGAAAGAACGAGAACGAAGCGAGCAGGCCUACCAGGCGAUCUAGAACAUGACACGCUGGUACAACAACCCCAAGGCUGGAAGUAAGGAAGCUCCAAAACCGUCAUGCAACAUUGCCUGGCACUCCUACGCGUCUACAGCGAGCCCGCCGUACGUAGAAGCCGAAGAACCAUCUGUCCAGCUGACAGCACAAUCAUUCAGGUGUCCACAUCCUUCCGGGGACCUCGACGACUAUUACGGCACAUCGGGACCAUUCCAAGCACACGUCUUCUACUUCGUGCUUCUAGUCUUCUUCGUGAGCUCGCUGCAUACGUACCUAUCUGCGAUAUUCAUUCGCGACAUAGAUUAUUGGUGCGCUCAGCCUCCCGAAUCAAAUUUGACCGAAGGACAAUGGCUGGAGCUAUGCAUACCCAGAAGCUCCGACGGGUCCCCAGACAGGUGUCACAUCUACGUAGCAAACCGGACGAAGGCUUCGUGUAACAUCUGGGUAUACAACAAGGACAAGUCCACUCGUACGUUCCGUGACGAGUUUGAUUUGGUCUGUCAGCGGGAAUGGAUGGUCGUCCUCAUCGACGCCCUGUUCUUCACGGGAAGUUUGGUCUCUGAUUUCGUGUCAGGGACCGCAUCGGACUUGUUGGGCCGUCAACCAGUGAUACUGUUCAACACCUUCGUUUUGCUGUGUUCUGGCUUUGCCAUACUCGGGAUCCCAUAUCAUAUGCUCAGUUUCUUGGCGUGGCGUUUCUUCGUUGGCUUUGGCUUGGAGAGCGUCUGCAACACCGGCCUCAUUAUGCUUGCUGAGGUCACGAGCCAGCACGCGAGAUCUCGUGCCGUCGUAUCUGUGCUGAUGAUGCACGGUGUGGGAUACUUGUUCAUCUGGCCCCUGGUGCUGUACCAGGACAACUGGCUGGCGGUCCAGUUCUUUAUCUUGAUUCCGACUGUGCUGCUAAUUGUUGGUAUAGAGGUUAUCGUGGAAUCACCGCGGUGGCUCGUCGCGCUGCGAGACGUAAGAGGGGCGAAGGCAGUCAUCUUCUUCGCCGCUAUAAAGAACAACGUUAACAUCAAGGAAGUUACUCAUAAAUGGAACGAUCACCUGGACGAAAUAGUCAGGCAGUGUGCUCCGACACCUCCACUGUACGAUUCGUGGAUCGAUACCCACAACCCCAAGGUUUUGUUAAUUAUGGUCACCCUGUGCCUUUCAUGGCUGGCCAAUGCCUUCGCCUUUUACUGCUUCGCUAUGUCAGCUGCUGGAUUUAUAGGGGAUACUACAUAUAUGAUAACGAGUGAGGUGGCGAACGUGCUGUGCCAAACUGCGACGUUCAUCCUGGCCCUUCUCAGCAACGCUCAUUUGGGUCGCAAGUGGCCAUCCGCUCUUUACAUGCUCUCGUGUGGCCUGUUCUGCUUCCCUACAUUGCUGCUGUACGAUGUCGAUCUGGUUAAAGACAACAGACACGCCUCGACAUGGUUGACUGGCAAGAUCCUGCUCUCACUAUCUCACGUUGUCCUUAACCUGUACACUCUGGAGGUGAUACCAACAGUGAUUCGUGGUCGCGGUUUCGGCGCAUGCGCUCUCUUUGGCAAGAUAGGCACCAUACUGGCUGUGGUUAGACUGCGCAUACCUGAACCGACGAGGCGGACAUUGUACUACAUCCUGAGUGCCCUGUGUCUCGCAGACUGUGCUUUCCUGAUGUGUCUACCAGAAACAGCCGACAAACGUCUUCCGGACAACCUUGCUGAUUUGGAGGAAAGCAUUAUCGAGCACCAUAAAAGCAUGCCGAAAAGCACGCUGUCGAAGUACGAGACAUGCUCGGCGCCACCGAGCUGCUUGACAUGUACCGAGCAACUGCCACAGGUACAUACGACUGAGGACGGAGCAGCAGAAGCCACCGCCGUUGGGUACCACACUUUAUGAAUCUUAUUAAAUGUUUUAAUGUUUAAAUUAAUGUAUUAAAUAUAGAGACUUUA